AUGGUUGGGUUGCAUGACCAUUCUCUCGUGGGCAGAGAGUACAAUGCCGCUACAGGAGCCUUGUCAGUGUUGAGCAUCGCCGAAGGCUUAGAUAUCCGAUGCCUAAAAGUACGUUUUAUACAGAUUGGGAGGCUUGUGUUCGUCGGUAAUGACUACUGGAUUAAACUCCGUGGUUCACACGUACAAUACUCAGUCUUGUCUCUAAUGAUGGAGGUAAAGGAUUUCAAACAGCGGAUCACCUCAUAUACGACCGGCGAAACAGUAAGGGAUGUACUUUGGAGAACGUUAACUCUCAACCAAUAUUCCGAGGUCCUCGACGAGCCAUCUGGUUUCGAUACAGGUCUGCCUAAUAUUGCGGUAAUGAACAGUGUUUCAGUGGUGCGCCGCUUGUUUGACUUAGCAUUCUUGAAGCCUGAGAACCUUAUCCAGGAAUUCGGUAAACCUGAGAUCUAUAAAACGGCAGUCACUGGGUUUUUGGCUCUCAGUAAAACCCUCAGGGGCUGGAAGCUUGCUAUCCUUUCGCGAGAUCUAGUCUCUAUGGUCACUGUCAAUGCUGAAGUCGGAGAUACCGUAGCGAUCAUCUCGGGCACGAGAGUGCCAUAUGUUUUGAGGCAAGUUCCCUCGAACGAUGGAACGAAGCUCUACAGAUUGGUUGGUGAAUGCUAUGUGCAUGGAGUCAUGAACGGGGAGUUCCUAAAAGGUGCAACGGAACCGGAAUAUCAGGAAAUUGGCAUUGUUUACUGCCCCAACUGUGAGGUAGAGCCGUCUUGA